GCAAGAGCGAGCUUAAAGCGGUGCUCGGCCUGGAGAUGGCACUUUAAAGCUGACCUGGUGAAGAACCGGCUUCCCCUCAGCACUACACACUGCUCUCUGAGGAAUAUGUACAAUUAGGAGCUGAAAGUCAGAACCUUCACAAUGGCUGCUUUAAAUAAAAUGCUGGUUGUACGUGUUCUUUUGGCCUCCGUGACUUUCUUGGGCCUCACUGAAUGUCAGGAUUUACCAAGUUAUGACCUGCUGGAGGAGUUCCGCUUGGCUGAGAGCAGAGGGGUGAGGCAGGUGAAAGGCUCGGAGCCAGACUCGGUAGCGUACCGUGUAAAUCCCUCCCUGCAUCUCAGGAAGACCUUGAGCGAAGUUUACCCAAAUGGUCUGCCUACCGACUACUCCGUCAUAGCCACUUUCAAGAUAACCAAGGAUGAAGCCAAAGCGUCCUGGAACCUGUGGCAGGUUAGCGACCCUGAGGGCCGGGAUCUGGUAGGGCUGCGUUUUAAUGGUGACUCCAGAACGCUGGACUUCUUCCACAGCAGCCCCAGCAAUACGCAGAUGCUGCGCACCUUCCAUGGUGCGGAGAAGUUGUUUGACGGCGAGUGGCACAAACUGGCAUUGAGUGUGAAGGGAAACCAGGCGAAGCUCCUGGUGGAUUGUGAGGAAGUGAGCUCCGAGCCGCUGGACGAGCCGAGGCCGGUCAUCGUCCGCGGCUACACCUCCAUCGUCAAGAGAGCUGCUGGCGAUCGCGCCGUCUCGGUGGACCUGCAGAGGAUGCGUGUUUCCUGUGAUGCUGACCAGGCCUAUUCUGAAGGCUGCUGUGAACUCUCCAACGUGUGUGGAGGACAUGCUGAAAUCGGCCUCAGUGCUACUAGAGGCAGAGCCAUAUGUAAAUGCCUGCAUGGACAGCCGGGGCCGCAAGGAAUUACUGGUCCAAAGGGUCACGGAGGUCUUCCAGGAGAACCUGGAGAAGCAGGACGAAUGGGAAACUGGGGAAGACGGGGAGACACCGGAGACUAUGGAAACAUAGGCGAAACUGGCCCUAAGGGUUAUCCCGGGAUCAAAGGAGAGAAGGGAAUGCGAGGACUCCACGGCGCCGAGGGGGACAGAGGGCCUAAAGGUCUGAAAGGUUUACCAGGCGCUGCAGGACACAAGGGAGUGCGAGGACCUCCUGGAGAGGCAGGAGAGACUGGGCUGAAAGGAGAGAGAGGUUCACUGGGAGAUCGGGGGUACCAGGGAAUUCCUGGAUAUCAGGGAGUGAAGGGAGAUGAAGGACCCUCUGGAAAUGAUGGACCUCCAGGAAUGCAGGGUCUGCAGGGUGUUGUGGGAGAUCCUGGUGAAGGAGGAGAAACUGGAGAAAAAGGAAAGCCUGGUUUUCAAGGGCCGAAGGGAAGAGCUGGAGGCAUGGGAAUAAAGGGCAUUGUCGGUGAUCCGGGUUUGCCUGGUAGGGACGGGGACACCGGCAUUGAGGCUUAUCAAGGACCACAGGGGGCAGAGGGUAAAACUGGAGGAGUGGGCGAAAGGGGUGAAAAAGGUGCUGAGGGGCCUCCAGGGAACAUGGGUCCUCAAGGACGCACUGGUCUGCAAGGAUAUAAGGGCUCAGCAGGGAAGCCUGGAAGACCAGGACUCAUCGGGCCUCCAGGAAGAACUGGACAUAUAGGAUUACCAGGAAAACCAGGUCCAAAGGGAAGUACCGGUGUUCCAGGAUUUCAAGGUGUAAAGGGGCAAAGGGAAGAAAAAGGACAAAAAGGACCAAAAGGCAGGGUGGGGGAUAGAGGUGAACCAGGGCCAAAGGGAGGCCAGGGGAAACGAGGGCCAGCUGGAGAACCUGGCCGUAAAGGCAGUGUGGGGACCAAAGGCAUCCAAGGAGACGAGGGGCCUGAGGGCUUUCAGGGACUUCCAGGACCACAAGGCCCAACGCUCUCAGCCCAACAUGUUAUCGAGGUCUGCAAGCGAGUGGUGCUGGAACAAAUGUCCACAUUCGCCAACUCCGUAAAACGUACAUGUGCCGCCGUGUGUCCACUGUAUGGCGACGUGCCCAUGGGUGCUCCUGGUCCUCCAGGCCAAAAGGGACCACCUGGACCACCUGGUGAUCCUGGCAUUGAUGGCGCCGAUGGAGAAGUGGGACAGCAGGGAUUCUACGGAGAGGCAGGUGAUCUGGGCAAACAGGGAGCGCGAGGUGACCAAGGAGAUAAAGGAGACAAGGGACCAAAAGGUUAUGGGUUAACUGGUUACACUGGAGACCAGGGACCAAAGGGUCAGCGUGGGAGAGCUGGCAGAGCAUUCGAUGGACGCCCUGGUCAGAUGGGUGAGAGAGGUCAUGUUGGCCGACCCGGACUCAGGGGUCACUCUGGACUACGUGGUGUUCCUGGGGUUUGUCUGACUUCAGGGUGUGGUCUGAUCAACGGGACCACUAGUAGCACACCCCAGCGUGAAACUCCGAGCUCGAUUCGACCGACAUCACAGAGACUGCGAGCACGCCCAUAAUGCCAUGCAGUAACCGCAGUUGUGCGACUGCAUAGUAAAACGUAAAUGUAAAUAGAUUUAUAAAGCGUCUUCAUAAAGACUGUAAGGUACCAAUAAUAAAGAGUAGCACAACUGUCAUGGACAGUGUAUGUUCAGAGCAAUUGAACAAUUUGGUCUGGAAAAUGUUUUAUGUAAAUUUCUCCAGCUUCAUGAAGGACUUCAUUGUUUUCCUGUAUGAGUGAAUGCACAAAGCUUUUUAACAUAAUGUUCGGAUCAGGGUAUAGAUUUAAUAAUGGAAGUUCAUCUCUUUGCAUUUACACACCAAGAAGGUUGUAUUGUUAUUUUUGUGUUUUUCCCAGGCAAGACUUUCAAGAUCACAAAUCAAAAUCAGUAUCCACCAGAUGGAUUCUGAAGUAGGAUUCUCAUUCGCUGCCUUUCUGAACAAGUGAUAGCCUUUGUGAAUGAAAGAAUGCUAGAAAGAUAGUUUAUUUCUCUCGGGUUGUCAUGCCUUGCUUUUUCAAACUUCAGCACAAUAAAACUUUUUUCUGCUUUGCCUUUCA